ACCUGCAGCAGAAGAUACGCACUGAACCGCUGUUCAACAUGAGUCUCCUGUCAGGGUUUUAUGUCCUCGUGGGUCUUUACAGCUGUCAUUCUGCUACAGUGUUUGUGGGGAGGGAUGAGGCUCAUGGGGUUUUGAUCCGGACUAAGCGGGCAAACACAGGCUGGUUUGAGGAGCUGAAGAUGGACAAUCUGGAGAGGGAGUGUCUGGAGGAGAAAUGUUCAUAUGAGGAGGCGCGGGAGGUGUUUGAACACACGGAGGCCACUAAUGAGUUCUGGAAGAUCUACGAUGUUAAAGAUCACUGUGAAUCAAAUCCAUGUGAGAAUAAUGGGCUCUGCUCGAGCCAGAACGCAGAAUCCUACAUGUGUCUGUGUUCGCCGGGCUUCAGCGGACUCAACUGUGAGCGGGCGAUUAAAGACGUUACUGACUCCUGUCUGUAUGAUAACGGGAGCUGCGAGCACUUCUGCGAGGAGGAGGACGCUCAGCGUAACUGUUCCUGUGCCGAAGGAUAUUUCUUAGGGUCAAAUGGUCAGAAGUGCCUGACACACGAGGCUUUUCUGUGUGGGAAGGUUCCUCUUCUUCAGGGUGGAGGUGCUGCUAUGAAUGCUAAGGAUGAUGUGAGAUCUCGUAUCGUCGGUGGAGCCGAAUGUCCUAAAGGUCACUGUCCCUGGCAGGUGUUGCUAAAGUACGGUCAGAAGGGUUUCUGUGGAGGUGUGAUCUACAAACCCACCUGGAUCCUCACGGCUGCACACUGUUUGGAAAAACUCAAUGCCAGUUUUCUCAAGAUAGUCGCAGGUGAGCAUGACAUCGAGGUGGAUGAAGGCACAGAACAGGUCAUCCAGGUGGAGCAGAUGAUAAUGCACCCAGCCUACGUGUCCGAGACCUCAGACAACGACAUCGCGCUGCUGCGUCUGCGCAGGCCCAUCGUCUACAGCACCUACGCCAUCCCCGUCUGCCUGCCGCUGCGAGCCACGGCGGAGCACGAGCUGUGGGCCAUCAGCAAGCACACGGUGAGCGGCUGGGGCCAACGCAGCCAGGACGGGCCCACGUCACGCUUACUGCGGCGCCUGCAGGUGCCCCUCAUCCGCACGCAGGAGUGCAUCGAGAGCAGUAACGUGACGCUCACCAGCAACAUGUUCUGCGCCGGUUACAUCGAGGGGAAGCUGGGCUCGUGUAAAGGGGACAGCGGCGGGCCACUGGUGACCCGCUACAGGGACACCACCUUCCUGCUGAGCAUCAUGAGCUGGAGCAAAGGCUGCGCCCAACCAGGGUCCUACAGCAUUUACACCCACGUCUCCAACUACCUGCAAUGGAUCCACGAACAAACGGCCAAUUCUACAGCUGCAACACAAUGAAGCGUUAAUGCACAGCGAAUCCUCUAUUUACAUUUGAUCAUGUCUGAUUUUAUUCUGUAUGCUAUGUUUCCAUCCACCUAUUUUUAUGCGCAUUUUGGGAUAUUGCAUAAAAAGUGUUACCAAUAUUUGUUCUUUAUUGCAGGUUUUGCAUGAAUUAGCAUUUCACUGUUUUUAUUCAUUUUAAGGAAUA